CUGAUAACAACGCUGCCUGUAGGUCAACUGUUAGCCACAUGCUAACAGUAGCAGCGUCAAGACACCGGCACGUAGAGGCAACGAUAGCAGCAUAUUCUUCUGUUCUCUGACUGAAAUAUAAUAAGACGCAUUGUGACACAAUUCAGAUCAGAACUUCUGCGUUAACUACUUUAUUUUUAAGAAGCAGGUUAAAGUUAGAUAACUUAUUGAAGAGAGCCGGCUUAAACUGACGUUAGCUCGUUAGCCUCGCCAGAAAGUUCUGUCAUUAUUUCUGGUGAGUUAGAAGUUUAAGAAGCAAUCGCGGAGUGUCGCUUUAAAUGGAAAACAUGGACUUUCUGAAGCUGGCAGGGGUGCCCAUCUCCUCCAAGAAUCCAUGACAGACUCCAAAAUCAGCAACAUUUUGCUGAAAUUGACCAGCACCUAAACGGCGGCAGUAGCUGGGGUGAACCUGGACCCAUCCAGCUCAGCGUCCAGCUCAGCGUCCUGCUCAAAGAUGGAGUUUGCAGCGCAGCAUCACAGGCCCAGGGAGGUGAAAGAGGGCAAAAUGCAGGAAAAACAGGAUUCUCAGAGACGAGCCCCGGGCAUCCUGGGGAAGGCUCACCCAGCUCUCAAAGCCUUUAUGUGUGGGUCCCUCAGUGGCACCUGUUCCACGCUGCUCUUCCAGCCUUUGGAUCUGGUCAAGACACGGCUGCAGACCCUUCAGAACAAUGCCAAGCCAGGUGCACCCAAGGUGGGGAUGUUUACCGUUUUCAUCAAUGUUAUUAAGACAGAAAAUUUCUUCAGUCUGUGGAAGGGAGUCUCACCAUCAUUUGUGCGCUGCAUCCCCGGGGUGGGUAUCUACUUCAGCACCUUCUACUCCCUGAAGCAGCAUUUUUUCCUGGACCGAGCACCAAACGCUGGCGAGGCUGUUCUGCUGGGAGCCGGCGCCAGAGCUGUGGCUGGAGUCAGCAUGCUACCAUUCACAGUCAUUAAGACACGCUUUGAGAGUGGUUCUUACAACUAUGCAAGUGUGGCCGGGGCCCUGAGGAGUGUGUAUGAGACGGAGGGAAUCCGGGCGCUGUUCUCAGGCCUGACUGCAACACUGCUCCGAGACGCUCCUUUCUCUGGCAUCUACGUCAUGUUUUAUAGCCAGGCCAAGAAAGCUCUGCCUCAAGAGGUGACUUCAGCGGCCUACUCCCCGCUGGUGAACUUCAGCUGUGGGGUGGUGGCAGGUGUCAUGGCAUCGCUGGUCACACAGCCUGCAGAUGUAGUGAAGACACACAUCCAAGUCCGACCAACCCACUGGAGCACGAGGGAUGCUAUUCGCUACAUCCACCUGAAACAUGGCCUGCGUGGAUUCUUUCGUGGGGCCGUGCCCAGGUCUCUUCGACGCACUCUGAUGGCUGCUAUGGCUUGGACUGUCUAUGAACAACUCAUGGCUCAAAUGGGCCUCAAAUCCUGAAAAGCAACCGUGUGGCGCUGCAAAUGGAAGAAAAAAAGAUAAACAAGGGGAUAAAGAUAUAUUUUUUCACUGAAGGUUUCAUGCAAAAAGGAGAGGGAGGUGAUGAGCCAACACGACCAAGAUCAGACGAGCCGUGUGGAUAUACGUCUGAAAAGAAGAGAGAUGCUGUGUGUGUUUUUGCUGUUGUUUAAAUGUCUGUUAAAACGUGCCUGUCUAUUGGUGUGUAAGUUUGGAGGUUGUGAUGUGACACCUGACACACUCGUACAUCAGUCUUGGACUGUAGUGACACUCCUUGCUGUGAAGUGAACUUGUUUCUCUUACUAUUUAUGUUCAGACGCCCUGAGGGUGCACUCAAAAAAGUAAGGGCUCUAACUGUCCUGGGCAGCAGAGUUGCUUUUGACAAGGUGAAAAAGACGAGCAAGUCAUAGAUCUGCUGAGGUGACUAAAAACGACCUGCAGAGAAGGAGGGAGCGGCUCCUGCUUCUGCAAUAUUGUGAAACCUGCAUAAGAUUGAGCAAUGUUUCUCCCUUGUAUGUAUAUAAAUCAAAACGCAGAGAACAUUUAUUAGUGUCAGGCUCAGACAAUCACAAGUGCUCACACAGCUGCAAAAUGGGAAUAAAAUCGAACUCCAAUAAUCUCAUGCUGUCAGAACUAUGCUAAUUUAAACUUUUAUAUACCUGCUGCAUUUUUGACUCUGUAUAGUCAAUUCAGGUGUGUUAAAACAAAAACACAUCUACAUCAAGUGGUGUUAUCUCAGACUAAUCAGAAUUUCUGGAUUUUAUGAAUGAGUUUGUUGGCAGCAGUACAGCGACAUUUGCAAAAGGAAUCUUGCAACACACGGUGUAAGAUAGUCAAGACAAUCCACUUCAUAUAUGUGGAAUAUGGAGCAUUUUGUUGAAACACUAAAAGUGAACAUCAUUGUGUUGACAAGAGAACUCCAAAGGGGGAACCUUUAACAGCAGUGCAGUGAGCACUGUCUCAUAGCUGACCUUUUUCUACUCUACUAAAUAUUUUAAUGACAGUGAAAAUGAAAUGUUUCAGAUUUUGCUGAACUCCAUUACCUCCUGUGGCAAAUCAAUACUUCCAGAAUAUUUAAGCUUGUAGGUGAAGCAGUGCUCAAUCAUUGUGCUAAAAAAAGAGUUGUACAAGUCUAUAUCAGGGCUGGAGCUCUGGAUUUUUCCAGCCUCUUACUGGCUUUGUAAAUAUUUGAUUUAAAAUAGCUGUUACACUAUGGCCAGUUGAGUUAUUUGUAUAGUCUGUUACCAUAGAUAUUAUUUAUUGUUGUUGAUAAAAAAAAGAGCUGAUAUAUUGAAAGUAAUUCCUUUGUGUGUUUGUAGAGAAAAUGCCAAAAUGAUCUUAUGAGCUUAAUUAAAACAGAUGAAAAUGCACUAAACGAAGACCUUUGGAUGGCUAGCUAACGAGAGCAGCAGGGUAAAGUGGGAAAAAGUGCUUUUAUGGAAACUUCUUUUUGUGUUAGCUCAAAGAAGUUUAAUGAUGGUAAAGGUACAGUUUUUUUUCAAGGCCUUUUUUUCUAAAAACCUCAGUGUUUGCUGUGUAACAACUGUGUAUCUAACUAUGCGCUACAUUUGCCAUAAUUCACACCUCGAAGUUGUCGAUUAUCUCCACUGUCAUACCACUUAUGUCGUGACUGUACUGCAUCAUUGUUGGUGUAGAUAUUUGAUCUGUUCGUUCAGACAAAUCCUGUGCCUGCCUGAUUUUUAAGGUCAAUAAAAUCUCCUCUUUUUUUUCCAAAAAA